AAUCUUCUUUGCAAAGCAAUACCUCCAGCAAAGUAAUUUCCUGGGAUACUUCCUCCCUCUUUCUCUUACUCGGAAUAUAUGUCAAAAAUAAUAUAAAUAAUUGCAUAAAAUUCUAAACCAAAAUUUCAUGUAUUGACUUCAUCUUGUUCUAGAAGUUGAAUAAAUCUAUCUAUAAACCCAAUUUGACGAGAAUUUGUCUUUGAAGUUAUACACAGGAGGAGGAAAGGGAAACCCAAUUCCUUAAACAAAAAUAUUUCCUCCAAAUACAACUUCCAUAAUCAGGAGAAUUUUUCUUUGAAGUUAUACACAGGAGGAGGAGGAGAAAAGGAAAACCCAAUUCCUUAAAACACAAACAUUCCUCCAAAUAACUCCAUAAUUACUUUUUUGUGUUGACGAUGAACAACUUAUUAUCAAAAUCAUUUGCGCAGCACCGGAGUUCCUCCGGUGACAUAGAGAUGGGUGGUGAUGUUGGUGCAAACCUUGACAAGUUCUUCGAAGAUGUGGAGAAGAUUAAAGAGGAUUUGAAGGAGAUAGAGGAGCUCCAACGUAAGCUGAGGGCAGCUCAUGAGGAGAGCAAAACAGUCCAUAAAGUUGGUGUAGUGAAGGCACUCAGGUCCAGGAUGGACCAAGAUGUAAACCAGACACUGAAGAAGGCGAAGCACAUCAAGAACUGCCUUCAGGCCUUGGAUAAGUCUAAUGAAGAAAGUCGGAGUUUGCCAGAUUGCGGCCCUGGUAGCUCCACUGACAGGACUAGGACCUCGGUUGUUGGGGGUCUGGGGAAACAGCUUAAAGAUAAGAUGGAGGAGUUUCAAGAGCUGAGAUCGAAGAUUAAUCAAGAGUAUAAAGAGACAGUUGAGAGGAGGUAUUUUACAGUUACAGGGGAGAAUCCAGAUGAGAAGACGGUUGAUUUGCUGAUUAGCAGUGGUGAGAGCGAGACCUUCUUGCAGAAAGCUAUUCAACAGCAGGGCAGAGGACAGAUUUUAGAUACAAUUGCUGAGAUUCAAGAGAGGCAUGAUGCUGUCAAAGACAUCGAAAGAAGCUUGAUGGAACUGCAUCAGAUAUUUCUCGACAUAGCAGUGUUGGUUCAGCAUCAAGGAGGGCUAAUAGACGAUAUUGAGGCCAAUGUUGAUAGAGCUAACUCCUUUGUGCAAAGGGGAACAACGCAACUGCAGGAAGCUAGAAAAAAACAGAAAAAUACCCGGAAAUGGACUUGCUUUGCCAUAAUUCUGCUUCUCAUCAUCAUACUGGUUAUUGUCCUCUCCAUACGUCCAUGGUCUAGAUAGGUCCGAUGCAGGUCGUGAGCUUCUAGGUGUAGCAUUCUCCAGCUGUCACAUAUCCCCCGAUUUUUUUUCCCAUUUCAUGUUUGAUUUACCCGAAUAUUAUUGUAUAUAAGAUUAUUAUUUUGUUGAGAACACCAGGAUUGAAUUUUAUUGAGAUAUAUACUACUA